AUGUCUGGUGACGAGGGAGAGAAGAGAAAUUCUAACGACAAAACAAAAAGGAAAAAGAAACCCAGCACGCCCACGUCUAGCGCCGAGAAAGAGGAAGACACUAAGCAAAACACAACAGGGAAUAAAAAGGAAGGUAGCACAAUGAAGAAUAAGUCUAGAGACGAGAAAGAGGAACGCAAUUCAAAGAAGGACAUAACAGAGAGCAAAACGAAAGGCAGUACACCGAAGAGUGGUGAGGAAAAGCGAGAACCUUUAAAGCAGGACACACCAGAGAGCAAAAAGAAAGACAGGACACUGCAAGGCAACUCUAGGAAGUGGAAAGAGGAAGACACUGAGCAUGAUAUAGUAGACAGCAAACAAGAAGGAAGCAACUUGAAGAGCAAGUCUAAUGGUGAGGAAGAGAAAAUUGCUUCUAAGCAGGGUGGUGCAGAAAACGAAAAGAGACACAGCAAACUGAAGAAUAACUCCGAUGACGAGGAAGAGGAAGACACUCCUCAGCAGGAUGUAAAAAAGCGCAGUAAGUCACACGGAAUAUCAUCAGCGAAAAGUCCUGCCUUGGAAGAAGAGGUACAGACACGUUCCGCAGGCAACAAACGAACAAACUCACCGAAACCAACAACACUUACAGAUACUACAACCGACGUGCCAUCAAGCCCUUCCAUACAACCCACAGUGGCAGAAACCGCAGCCGGUAAGUCAGCAAGUCCUCCCAAACCAAUGACACCGACAGAUACCGCAGCCGACAUGCCGGAAAGCUCUCCCACACAACGCGCACCGACAGAUACCGCAGCCGUCACGCCGACAAGCACUCCUCAGUCGAUUAUAGAACAGAGAAUGCUCACCCACCCAAAGGGCACGUCGAUAAACGCUGACGAUAACGACGUGGCGACAGACAAAACCAUGAACGACAUGCCGAUGAAUAUCACACCGGCAAAAAACACCGAGGAAGGCGAGUCGCUAAACAAACCGACAUCCAUUGCCGCGACAGACAUGCCAGCAAACACUACCGGGGACGCCGAGGAAGCCGUGUCGCUGGACUUACCCCCUGCCAUGAUCUUCGGCAGGAGCGGACGGCCGAAUUCAUGUUCUAAGUCAGAGACAACGACACAGACACCCACUGUCCAGGAGGCUGAAGAUGAGUGCAAGCCGCCAUCAAAGGAAAAGCAUGAAGCGAAGGCAAAUCCUGAGCGUGGCACGAAGGAAGGAACAUGUGAAAAAGAAACUGUUCCUGAGAGCUGUUGUGGAAGCACCGCUACUAAGUGUUGCCUAGAGACAGACCAAGCAGUCCACGUGGCGUACAGGAAGACACUCUCAUCCCUGGAAGAUCGAUUAAAGAGACUUGAAGAACAAACGAAAUCCAUAUACGAUAGGUUGUUUGCGGUAGAUUGCUCGGAUUUGGCACCUUUAAAAAAUGAGUCCGAGCCACAGACGUUUUACUUGGAACAAGGGGGGAAGAGGCCAGUCCGCGUGCUGUGCGAGAUGGAGACGGAGGGCGGCGGCUGGACGGUGGUGCAGCGACGUGAUCCUCAUUUCACACCUAUUGACUUUCAGCGUGGCUGGCACGACUACAAGGUAGGCUUCGGCACGCCCGAAACAGAAUACUGGGUUGGGCUGCAGAAUUUAUACGCUUGGACUAACUCCAGGCAGUACGAGAUGCGGGUUGAGAUUACAGACUAUGAUGGCAAUGCCGCUUAUGCCCACUACAGACGCUUCUACGUGGAAGGCGAGGAUCAGGAUUUUCGGCUGCACGUCUCAGGCUACCGUGGUACGGCAGGAGACGCCUUGACGAACAGAAACACAGCUGACAGCUUCACGGCCGAUGGUAUGAAGUUCAGUACUUUCGACAGGGACAACGACCUGGCAAAUGAUACGAACUGUGCCCUGCUGUGGAAGAGCGGCGGUUGGUGGUACAACUGCUGCUCAUGGUCCAACCUGAACGGACCCCACUGGCGGGACGCGGACGGCAGUGGCAUUGGUAUCAACUGGCACACCUGGCGCAACAAGGAGUACCUGCACACCUCCACCAUGAUGAUCAGGCCGUCAGCAUUUCUUUAAACAAUGAAUAGCGUUCCCCUAAGUGUUCGUGAAACGAAAA